GGAGCCAACUGGAACUCUGAUGCCCGCCCAAGUCCCCAUGCCAGGCCGACUGCAGCCACAUGGAUGCUGGUGGGCAUGUGGGAUUCAGGAGUCUCCACUGAUCUGUGCCAGUCUGGAAGGCCACGAUAGCACCCCGAAACACCUGGAGCCUCCACACAGCUCAUGCCCAGCAGCCCCAGAAGGUCACGCUGCCGCCAUCUUGUGGGCUCUGAAUUGUGCUCUUUCAACAGGUGGAUUUAUGCCAGCAAAUCCAGAGAGAAAACCAACCUGUUGCUAUUGGCAGUGCAACCUGAAGCAGGUAAGGAGCGGGAGGCAACUUAUGUUGGGGUCUUCUGUGGGCCGGGCACCGUGCAUACGUCAGGCGCACACACACAUCGACCUGCAGACUCAGCGGUAAGAGAAUCAACAAGGGAUGUUGAAGACCAGGGACUAGCAAGGGUGGGAAGCCAUCACCACUCCUGGGCUGAGAGGACAAGGGGAAGGAAUAGCGUCAUCACGGGAGCCAGGUGAGCAGAAGGAGGGAAGAAAUACCCCUAGCCACUCUCCUCUCCUGCCUUCCAGGCCUCGCCUGUGCCUCUCAUUGGCUGCCCCCAGAGGCGGCCAGGGGGAUGCGUCUGUAGGGGCAGAGAGGGAGGAGAAUGAAUGGGAGGAGGGAGAAAUGGAGAACCACCAGCACAGACAGCGAGUGCGGAGCAGGAGUUGACCUCAGAACUUCAGCUGCCCUACGUAGCAACAUGUGCUCCUGUGCCCGCACGUCCCCCCGGCUCCCACACACCACUCUGUCUGUGGGGCCAUCUUGCCAAGUAAAGGCUCAAGCCCGAGUCUUUCCUUCUUUCUCUGGCCAGAAUGUCCUCUUCUAAGGGAAGGGCUGGGUUUGGGGUCGGGACAGCUGCGUCUGGCAGAGAAACGUGAGUCCUGUAUUCCAAGCCCGACACCUAUGAUCGCGUGCUCACACUCCUCCUCUGCCAGGAACCCCAUUUCCCCUUCUCUUGACCUGCAUGGGGCAUUCCACCAAGGACCAUGUUUUGUUUACUGCCACAUCCCUGUAUCUGGCUUGAUGCCCGGCACAAAAGAGGCUCACAGUAAUCACUCGUGGUGGAACUCAAACGACUCUCCGGAUGCCCUUUCCUCGGGGCCCUGGGCUUUUAUGUCAUGGAUUGGGUUUUCCAGAAGCUUCUUUACCUUCUGUUGCAGAUAAAGAAUGUACCGAGCCCUCUUUCCAGCCAUUAAUUUACAUAACCUUCACAAAACAGUCAAUUGGGGGAGGGGUGUUGUUAGAGCUACUGGUCACAGCUAAGAAAAAUUCACCACUGAAAGUUAAAUGACUUGCCUGGAGUCACCGGUAGAAAGUCCCAUCAGACCCAGGGUUUGGUCUAGCAGCUCUCACCACAGUCUGCGCUUAGCCCCUGCUCCACCCAGUCUCCCAGGGGACCUGCACCGCUUUCUUUAACCUUGAUGGGACCAGAGCUGCUACUUCCUUGUUUCUUUUCUGGACUGCUGGCCCUAGCUUUCCUCUGCUCCUGUGAGCCUAGCUCCAGGCCCGCUGAGGCCAGCUCUCAGCAUUGGCUCACGGCCGCCCCUCCCCCUACUGCCAAUGUCUUAGGCCUCUUUAGGGGUCCACAUUCCUGGGGAGAGAUGCUGUCCUCUCUUAAGGCGCAUGGGGAGUGGGCUGGGGGGACCUUUAGUCCCGGCCUGGGCUAGGGGGAAGGGUGGCUUCUGACUUGCUGGCCUUUACAGCAGGGAGGGAGACUGCUUUGGCAGGAUUCAUGGCUCCACCCUCAGUGUCCCUUUGCCUGUGAGCUAGGGGCCCAUCCCCACCUCCCCCUGCUUCCCAGCUGCACUGAGGAGUUUGUGGCCAGCUUUCUUCACUUCCUCCCUUUGGCCCCCUCUGCCUGCUGAGCCCAGGGCCCAGCCCUGCCCCCAGUCCAGGCUCACCCCCGCCCCUAGGACUGACUUUAGGAACUGGAAAAUGGGCAGGGACCAGCCAGCAAAGGGAAGGGAGGGCUUGGCAUUUGGGGCCAAGCCUGGGCUUACUGGAGGUGGCUAGGGGUGGGGAGUAGAGCCCAGGAAGGAAAUGUAUAGGUGGACAAAGGAGGACGCAAGCGGGAGCCCUUGAUUCCAGAGGUCUGGAGCAGCACCUAUGGCUGUUAUUUGUUAUUUACUGAGCACUUAGCGUGUGCCAACCACUACCCUAAAUUAGUUUUAUAUUCUCACUACCAGUCUAUAAAGUAGAUAGUAUAAUCUUCAGUUUACAAACAGGGAAAGUGAGAUACAGUUAGGGGUCUGUUCAAGGGCACACGGAUUUGGCUAAAUAGGGUUUUGAACCCAGCCCAAUCCUCUUCUCCUGCAAGCAAGAAAAAAGCUGAACUGGGAACCCAAGGGCAAAUGGAAUAACCCUAAGGGGGCAGGAAAACCAGCUGUCCCAGGGCCUCAGAGUGACAAAUCCGUGUUUAUUGUCCGGUCUCCUCCAGGGAUCACGUGCAGGAGACGGUCCCAGCUUCCCGCAGGGCUGGGGCUGCUCUCCCGCCGCCUUACCUCUGAGACAGGGCUGGGGUCAGGAUGGAGCUGGGGUCCAGGGCGCGAGGUGCCCAUCAGGGAGGCAGGCGCCACCGGGCGGGAUGACAGACUCCAGAAGCCCUCCCUGAACAAAGACUGGGUGGGAGGCGGCCUGGUGUGUCCCCACCCCGCCUCCCCCAGCGCCUGCUGAGCCGCGACCACAGACAGCGAGGCGGAGCGAGCAUGGCGGGGCCCCCGGCUGCUCUGCUGCCCCUCGUCCUCCAGCUCACGAGCGUGGCCGUGGCCUCCGCGACGGACGGAGGUGGGGUCAUCCUCCCGGAGCCCCCUGGGCUUGCUGACAUCCAGGACUACCAGCAGCAGGCACCAGCCCGCUCCUCAUCCCAUGCUGGGGCCCCACAGGAGCAGUGGCGCCCCCUGGAGGAGCGACUGGAAAGGCUGGAGGCCCAGAUGAUGGAACUCAGAGAGCAGAACAAAGAGCUGCAGGCGAGGGUAAGGCAGCUGGAGUCCUGUGAAUGCCGCCCAGCGUCUCCCCAGUGCUGGGGGCUGGGGCGGGCCUGGCCCGAGGGUGCUCGUUGGGAGCCUGACACCUGCACCGCCUGUGUCUGCCAGGAUGGGGCCGUGCACUGUGAUCCCAAGCCCGACCUGCCCCACUGCCACGGCUGCAGCCACAAUGGUCAGACCUAUGGCAACGGGGAGACCUUCUCCCCGGGUGCUUGCACCACCUGUCACUGCUUGGAAGGAACCAUAACGUGUACCCAGAAGCCAUGCCCAAGAGGACCCUGCCCGGAGCCAGGAACAUGCUGUCCUCACUGUGAGCCAGGCUGCCCUGGAGGCCACAGGGAUGGGGAAACAUGGCAACCAGAGCCCUGUGUCAUCUGCACCUGCCAGGCAGGGACCGUGCGGUGCCAGGGGCCCUCAUGUGCAGAGCUCAACUGCCUGGAGAGCUACACCCCACCUGGGGAGUGCUGCCCUGUCUGCCGGCCAGGCUGUGAGUAUGAGGGGCGGCCUUAUGAAGAGGGGGCCAACUUCCUGUCCAGCGCCGACCCUUGUCUCCAAUGCUCCUGCCUGAGGAGCCUGGUUCGCUGUGCGCCCAUCAAGUGUCCACCCAGCCCCUGCCCUGAGCCAGUCCUGAGGCCUGGCCACUGCUGCCCGACCUGCCAAGGCUGCACGGAAGGUGGCUCUCGCUGGGAUCAUGGCCAAGAGUGGACUGCCCCUCGGGACCCCUGCCGGAUCUGCCGGUGCCUGGAGGGCCACAUUCAGUGCCGCCAGCGAGAAUGCUCCAGCCUGUGCCCGUACCCUGCCCGGCCUCGUCCAGGCACCUGCUGCCCGCUGUGCGAUGGCUGUUUCCUAAAUGGGCGGGAGUACCGCAGCGGAGAGCCCGUGGGCUCUGGGGACCCCUGCUUGCGCUGCCACUGUGCCAACGGGAGUGUCCAGUGUGAGCCUCUGCCCUGCCCGCCCGUGCCCUGCAGACACCCAGGCAGGAUGCCUGGCCAGUGCUGCCCAGUCUGUGAUGGCUGUGAGUACCGGGGACACCAGUACCAGAGUGAGGAGACCUUCCGACUCCAAGAGAGGGGGCGCUGCAUCCGCUGCUCCUGCCAGGCUGGCGAGGUGUCCUGUGAGGAGCAGGCGUGCCCGGUUGCUCCCUGCGCCCUGCCUGACUCUGGCCCCCAGCUCUGCCCAGCCUGCGUGCUGGAUGGAGAGGAGUUUGCUGAGGGGGUCCAGUGGGAGCCUGAUGGUCAGCCCUGCACGGCCUGCUCCUGUCAUGAUGGCGUGCCCAUGUGUGGGGCUGUGCUCUGCUCCCCACCCCCCUGCCAGCACCCUACCCAGCUCCCCGGUGCCUGCUGCCCCAGCUGUGAGAGCUGCACCUACCAUGGCCAAGUGUAUGCCAAUGGGCGGAACUUCACGGACGCGGAUAGCCCUUGCCGCGCCUGUCGCUGCGAGGCUGGGACUGUGAGGUGCUCCUUGGUUGACUGCCCUCCCACAACUUGUGCCAGGCCCCAGAGUGGACCCGACCAGUGCUGCCCCAGGUGCCCAGACUGCAUUCUGGAGGAACAAGUAUUUGUGGAUGGCGAGAGCUUCUCCCACCCCCGAGACCCCUGCCAGGAGUGCCGGUGUCAGGAAGGCCAUGCCCAUUGCCAGCCUCGGGCCUGCCCCAGGGCCCCUUGUGCCCAUCCACUGCCUGGCACCUGCUGCCAGAACGACUGCAACGGCUGUGCCUUUGGCGGGAAAGAGUACCCUAACGGAGCAGACUUCCCCCACCCGUCUGAUCCCUGCCGUCAGUGUCGCUGUCUGAGCGGAAGCGUGCAGUGCCUCUCCCGCCGCUGCCCGCCGCUGCCCUGUCCAGAGCCGGUCCUGCUGCCCGGAGAGUGCUGCCCGCAGUGCCCCGCCACCUCCUCCGGCUGCCCGCGGCCAGGGGGCGGGGUCCCGGCCCGCCACCUAGAGCAUUUCUCCCAGCCCGACGACCCCUGCCGCCGCUGCCUCUGCCUCGAUGGCUCUGUGUCCUGCCAGCGGCUGCCCUGCCCGCCUGCGCCCUGCUCCCACCCGCGCCAAGGGCCCUGCUGCCCGUCCUGCGACGGCUGCCUGUACCAGGGGAAGGACUUUGCCAGCGGGGAGCGUUUCCCUUCGCCCACUGCCUCGUGCCACGUCUGCCUCUGCUGGGAGGGCAACGUCAGCUGCGAGCCCAGGGCCUGCGCACCUGCUCAGUGCCCCUUCCCCACCCGGGGUGACUGCUGCCCUGCCUGUGAUGGUUGCGAGUAUCUAGGGGAGUCCUACCUGAGCGGCCAGGAGUUCCCGGAUCCUCGAGAGCCCUGCAAUCUGUGUACCUGCCUUGGAGGCUUUGUGACCUGUGGCCGCCAGCCCUGUGAGCCUCUGGGCUGCAGCCACCCGCUCACCCCGGCUGGACACUGCUGCCCAACCUGCCAGGGAUGCCUCUAUCAUGGGGUCACCGCAGCCCAUGGAGAGACCCUUCCUGACCCACUCGACCCCAGCUGCUCCCUCUGCACCUGCCAGGAAGGUUCCGUGCGCUGCCAGAAGAAGCCAUGUCCUCCAGCUCUCUGCCCCCACCCCUCUCCAGGACCCUGCUUCUGCCCUGUUUGCCACAGCUGCCUCACCCAGGGCCAGGAGCACCAGGAUGGGGCAGAGUUUGAGGGGCCCCCAGGCAGCUGCGAGUGGUGUCGUUGUCAGGCCGGCCAGGUCAGCUGUGUCCGGCUGCAGUGCCCCCCUCUGUCCUGCCCACUCCAGGUCACGGAGCAGGGGGGCUGCUGCCCUCGCUGCAGAGGCUGCCUGGCUCACGGGGAGGAGCACCCGGAAGGCACUAGCUGGGUGCACCCCCAAAGCCCCUGCUCCUCCUGCAUGUGUCAUGAGGGCGUCGUCACCUGUGCCCGCGUCCAGUGUGUCAGCUCCUGUGCCCAGCCCCACCGAGGGCUCAGCGACUGCUGCCCUCGAUGCUCUGACUGUGAACAUGAAGGUCGGAAGUACGAGCCAGGGGAAAGCUUCCAGCCUGGGGCAGACCCGUGUGAAGUGUGCAUCUGUGAGCUGCAGCCUGAGGGGCCCCCGAGCCUUCAGUGUCAUCGGCGGCAGUGUCCCAGCCUGGUGGGCUGUCCCGCCAGCCAGCUCCUGCCCCCUGGGCCACAGCACUGCUGCCCCACCUGUGCCCAGGCGCUGAGCAACUGCACAGAGGGCCUGCUGGGGUCUGAGGUGGCCCCGCCGGACCCUUGCUACACCUGCCAGUGCCAGGACCUGACAUGGCUCUGCAUUCACCAGGCCUGCCCUGAGCUCAGCUGUCCCCCAUCGGAGCGCCACACCCCCCCUGGGAGCUGCUGCCCCGAGUGCCGAGAAUGCGUGGUGGAGGCCGAGGGCCGGAGAGCGGCGGAUGGAGAGAGCUGGCGGGACCCUAGCAACGCUUGCAUUACUUGCUCCUGCCAUCGGGGCCGCGUGGAGUGCCACCUGGAGGAGUGCCCCGCCCUCUCCUGCCCCCAGGGCUGGGCGAAGGUGCGAGAGGCUGGCAGCUGCUGUGAGCGAUGCCAAGCCCCCGCCCAGUCGUGCGCGCACGAGGGCCGGGCGGUGGCCUCCGGGGAGCGCUGGGCCGUGGACGUUUGCACCACUUGCUCCUGCGUGGCAGGCACCGUGCGCUGCCAGAGCCAGCGCUGCCCGCCGCUCUCCUGUGGCCCCGACGAGGCCCCCGCCCUGAGUCCCGGCAGCUGCUGCCCCCGCUGCCUGCCCCGACCCGCCUCCUGCAUGGCCUUCGGAGACCCUCAUUACCGAACAUUCGACGGCCGCCUGCUGCACUUCCAGGGCAGCUGCAGCUAUGUGCUGGCCAAGGACUGCCGCGGAGGGGACUUCAGCGUGCACGUGACCAACGAUAACCGGGGCCGGAGGGGUGUGGCCUGGACCCAGGAAGUGGCGGUGCUGCUCGGAGACGUGGCCGUGCGGCUGCUGCAAGGCAAAGAGGUCACGGUGGACGGGCGCCCUGUGGCCUUGCCCUUUCUGCAGGAGCCGCUGCUGUACGUGGAGCUACGGAGACGCACCGUGAUCCUGCAUGCCCAGCCCGGGCUCCAGGUGCUGUGGGAUGGGCAGUCUCAGGUGGAGGUGAGCGUGCCCAGCUCCUACCGGGGCCAGAUGUGUGGGCUCUGUGGGAACUUCAAUGGCUUUGCCCAGGAUGAUCUGCAGGGCCCUGAGGGGUUGCUCCUGCCCACAGAGGCUGCAUUUGGAAAUAGCUGGCAGGUCCCAGAAGGGCCGGGACCCAGUCGGACAUGUUCCAAGGGCCGCGAGGUGGAUCCGUGCAGGGCAGCAGGUUACCGUGCCAGGCGUGAGGCCAACGCCCGGUGUGGUGUGCUUAAGUCCUCCCCGUUCAGUCGCUGCCACUCUGUGGUGCCACCAGAGCCCUUCUUUGCCGCCUGCGUGUAUGACCUAUGUGCUUGUGGCCCCGGCUCUUUGGCUGACGCCUGCCUCUGUGAUGCCCUGGAAGCCUAUGCCAGUCACUGUCGCCAGGCAGGGGUGACACCUGCCUGGCGGGGCCCCACACUCUGCGUGGUGGGCUGUCCCCUGGACCGCGGCUUCGUGUUCGAUGAGUGUGGCCCGCCCUGUCCCCGCACCUGCUUCAACCAGCACAUCCCCCUGGGGGAACUGGCCGCCCACUGUGUGAGGCCCUGCGUUCCUGGCUGCCAGUGCCCCGCAGGCCUGGUGGAGCACGAGGCCCACUGUAUCUCACCCGAGGCCUGCCCCCCAGUCCAGCUCACUGGGGACCAGCCACCCAGACCUCCGCCCAGCCCUGGCCAGUAGCCAGGACACCAGGACUCAUCAGGUCAGAAGCCUCUCCUUCGAGAAGAGCUUCCACCCUGGCCAGAGCCAUGGAAAGAGUGCCCCACCCAGGCACUGGGGUCCUGUGUCCCACAAAGACCUCACCGUGUUCAAUCAGAAGCAGUAAAAUUGGGGCCUCUCCUACA